AGGGCCGUCCCCAUCAGGUGACCGCGCAGGGGCGGGCCCGGCCUCGGCUGCCUCUCAUGUGACGCCGCCGCAGAGGCGCAGGCUCGCACUUCCUCUUUGCGUACCAGCCCGACGGGCAGGAGAACUUUCUUGCUCUUUCUGGGACGGCGCGACAGGAGACGAGGCGAUGCUGGCUCUGACUCUGCUUUUGCUCCUGGCUGCUAGCUCUGCAGUGCUGGCCGAGCCCCUCAGGUUCGUGGACUGUGGUUCCAAAGAUGGAAGCAUUUCAGAAGUCAAUGUGAGUCCUUGUCCUACACAACCUUGUCUUCUACACAAAGGAGCGUCCUACAGUGUCAACAUCACAUUUUCUAGUAAGAUUGACAGCCAGGGCAGCCAAGCAAAGGUAUAUGGAGAAAUGCUUCACAUGGACAUCCCCUUCCCACUUGAUCAGCCUGAUGGGUGCAAGAGUGGAAUCAAAUGCCCUAUCCAGAAAGACCAUUCUUACAGCUACCUGAACAAGCUACCAAUAAAGAGUGAAUACCCAUCUAUUAAACUAGUUGUCAAGUGGGAGCUGCUUGAUGAUGAAGGUCAUUUGAUGUUCUGUUGGAAGAUUCCUGUCCAGAUCACCAGUUAAGGAAACUCUCCUGAGCCAUUAGGGAUUUAAGGGGGAUGGGCAAGAGGGAGUUAGGUAUAGAGAGGAGCCAAAUGCUUUGCUAUACAGGGCAUUUCUUGUUUCACUUCCUGUAGCCUCUGUGCAACAAUCACUCUUCCCUCAGAGUCAAAUUCUAGAUGCAGCAGGGUGUCGGCGGCCAGAAUGAAUCUAUCCUAGAGAGACUGGGGUUUGGGGGAAGUCUCAUUUGUAGCUCGUUUGUAGAAAGUAUCUGUGGAGGAUUUUAACUGCUUGAAAUAGACUGCAUAUCAUGAAAAGACUUUUUGUGAAAUAAAACUAGGUCAGCAAACAUUGCAGUGAUUGCUGCUUGUUAACACUUCAGUGCCUCUCAUGGUCAGAAGCUGCCUUCAGGCUUCCAUCUGCUUUUCCCCCUUCCCUCCUCUAUCAUGACUUAACCUUUGUUGGAGCUGCAUUUGUCAUCUGGAGCUAAAAGAUUAAGCAGCCACCUUCUGUGGCUACUUGCUGUGGACAAAGAAAACUCCUCUCAGUAGAUGCCAAACCAAAUGGCAUUUGGUCUCUGUCUAGAGAUCAUUUGUAUUAACCAUUUUGCACUAUCUGGUAACUCAGAGUUGCUGGGGGAGAUGCUCUCCAAAACCAGCUUUUUUUAUAACUUUAUUUUAAUAAAUCCUUACAAUUAAAA